UCGCUCGCUAGGGUGGGGGUGCUUUGCUUUUGUUGGUUCGUCGAGUAGUCGUGGCCUGCAACCGCAACUGCAAUCCCCUUUCCCCUCGUGCUCCUCCCCUUCCCUCCUCUCUAACCGCAUUGGAUUCGAUUCACCGCAAUCCCCUUCUCCUGAAGCCAGCCCAAGCCCAGACAUGGGGUCGAGGAGGGGAAGGCGGCAGCAGCAGCAGCAGCAGCAGCAGCAGCAGGAGCAGGAGGAGGAGGGCUCACAGCCUCCGCACCCGCGGCCUGCUGCUGCUGGAAGAGGCGGUCGUGCUCAGCAGGCACCGCAAGGAGGAGGUCGUGGGGGGAACCAGGGGCGCCCAUCUCCUGUUCACGAGGCCCACCAGCAGCAGCCCAGGGGUCGCCCUGGAGAGCAUCCGGGCAGGGGACAUGCUCGCGGUCGCGGUGGAACUGGAACGCGGCCGCAACAGUACCCACGUGCUGGUGCUGGUGCUGCUACGGGUGGCCAGGGGUUAUCCACAGGACCAUCAAGCCCUUUGGCUCCCGAGCUGCGCCAAGCAAUGCAAGCUCCACAUGAGCUUCCUCAAGCCUCACCACCGCAGGCAGGUCCUUCACAAUCACCACCCGAGAUUCAGCCCAUGGAGGAGCACAAACUCGCUGCAGGCCACCAGGCUGUGCCUGCAAUUCCCUCCUCAAGCAAGUCACUCAGGUUUCCUUUGCGCCCAGGAAAAGGUAGUGUUGGCACCAGGUGUUUGGUUAAGGCCAAUCAUUUCUUUGCCCAACUUCCAGACAGGGAUCUUCAUCACUACGAUGUCUCUAUCACACCGGAAGUUACAUCACGACUUCUUAGUCGAGCCAUAAUCAAGGAGCUGGUAAAUCUCCACAAGCAAUCUUACUUGGGUGGGCGGCUUCCAGCCUAUGAUGGUAGGAAGAGCCUAUACACAGCGGGCCCAUUGCCAUUUACUUCCCAGGAAUUUCAUAUCACGUUACUUGAUGAUGAUGAUGGCUCUGGUUCCGAGAGGCGACGUAGGAAAUUUAAGGUAGUCAUUAAAUUUGCUGCACGAGCCGACCUCCACCGUCUCGAGUUGUUUUUAGCUGGGAGGCAUGCAGAAGCUCCUCAAGAGGCACUGCAAGUUCUUGAUAUUGUGCUGCGGGAGCUGCCUUCUGCAAGAUAUGCACCAUUUGGCCGGUCCUUCUUUUCGCCUGACUUAGGCCGAAGGCAGCCCCUUGGUGAUGGAUUAGAAAGCUGGAGGGGAUUUUACCAGAGCAUUAGGCCUACUCAGAUGGGCCUCUCACUGAACAUCGAUAUGUCAGCAACGGCUUUCAUUGAGCCAUUACCUGUAAUUGAAUUUGUUGCACAACUGCUGAAUUCUGACAUUCACUCUAGGCCCCUCUCAGAUGCGGAACGUGUGAAGAUCAAGAAGGCCUUGAGAGGAGUUAAGGUGGAAGUUACUCAUCGUGGCAACAUGCGGAGAAAGUAUCGGAUAUCUGCAUUAACAACUCAGGCGACUCGAGAGUUAACUUUUCCUGUUGAUGAAGGGGGCACAAUGAAGUCAGUUGUACAAUACUUUCAAGAGACAUAUGGCUUUUCCAUCCAACACACCUACCUUCCUUGCCUUCAAGUUGGCAAUCAACAGCGUCCAAAUUACUUGCCUAUGGAGGUCUGCAAAAUAGUGGAAGGACAGAGGUAUUCCAAGAGAUUAAACCAAAAUCAGAUAAGAGCUCUCUUGGAGGAGACAUGCCAGCACCCACGUGAUCGUGAGCGCGAUAUAAUUCGGAUGGUUAAACAUAAUGCCUAUGAUAGGGAUGAUUACGCGCAAGAGUUUGGCAUUAAGAUUAGCGAUCGUCUGGCAUCAGUAGAGGCACGGAUUUUACCAGCUCCACGGCUUAAGUACAAUGAGACUGGUCAGGAGAAGGAUUGCUUACCUAGAGUUGGUCAGUGGAAUAUGAUGAACAAGAAAAUGGUAAAUGGUGGCAAAGUCAGAAGCUGGAUAUGUGUCAAUUUUGCUCGCAAUGUGCAAGAGAGUGUUGUUCGUGGGUUCUGUCAUGAACUCGCACUGAUGUGCCAAGCGUCAGGAAUGGACUUUGCUCGGGAGCCUGUUCUUCCACCUCUAUAUGCACGUCCUGAUCAAGUGGAGCGAGCUCUAAAAGCUAGGUACCAUGAUGCCAUGAACGUUCUUGGACCCCAACGAAAGGAACUUGAUUUACUUAUUGGAAUACUACCUGACAAUAACGGUUCACUUUAUGGUGAUUUGAAGCGUGUGUGUGAAAUAGAUCUUGGGAUAGUUUCGCAGUGCUGUUGUACAAAGCAGGUGUUCAAAAUGAACAAACAAAUUCUUGCAAAUCUUGCUCUGAAGAUAAAUGUCAAGGUUGGAGGCAGGAAUACCGUACUGGUAGAUGCAGUCUCAAGGCGGAUUCCUCUGGUAACUGACAGACCUACAAUUAUAUUUGGUGCUGAUGUGACUCAUCCUCAUCCUGGAGAGGACAGCAGCCCUUCAAUUGCUGCUGUUGUGGCCUCCCAAGAUUGGCCAGAAGUGACAAAGUAUGCUGGAUUAGUUUCUGCUCAAGCUCAUCGGCAAGAAUUGAUAGAGGAUUUAUAUAAGGUCUGGCAAGACCCGCAGAGAGGGACAGUUAGCGGGGGAAUGAUAAGGGAGCUACUUAUAUCCUUCAAAAGAUCAACAGGGGAGAAGCCCCAGCGAAUAAUAUUUUACAGGGAUGGUGUUAGUGAAGGACAAUUUUAUCAAGUUCUGCUAUAUGAGCUCAAUGCAAUCCGAAAGGCCUGUGCCUCCCUGGAAGCAAACUACCAACCUAAGGUGACUUUUGUUGUGGUUCAGAAGCGCCAUCAUACCAGAUUAUUUGCUCACAACCACAAUGAUCGAAAUUCAAUUGACAGGAGUGGAAACAUACUCCCAGGUACGGUUGUAGAUUCGAAGAUCUGCCAUCCUACUGAAUUUGACUUCUACUUGUGCAGCCAUGCUGGCAUUAAGGGCACUAGCCGUCCAGCUCAUUAUCAUGUCUUGUGGGAUGAGAACAACUUCUCUGCUGAUGGGUUGCAGACUCUUACCAACAACCUCUGUUACACAUAUGCAAGGUGCACACGCUCUGUAUCAAUCGUUCCACCGGCAUAUUAUGCUCACCUGGCUGCCUUCCGUGCUCGUUUCUACAUGGAACCAGAGACCUCGGACAGUGGUUCUAUGGCAAGUGGUCCUGCAGGCCAUGGACCACAAUCAGCAUCCCGUAGCACUCGGACCCCUGGUGGUGCAGCUGUUAGGCCACUUCCGGCUCUGAAGGAUAAUGUAAAGAGGGUCAUGUUCUACUGCUGAGGCUAGGCUUUGGCGGCUUAUGGACUACCCUCACUUGUAAAUAUGGGAGGAGAGAGUAAUAAUCUGGCAGCUGCUAUUUUACGUGCUGGACUGUUACCGUUUGCUAUACCGAUCUCCAUAUGCUAGGAUAUGUCACUCAUGCUGUCUCUUGUAAUGGUAAUACCCUCGGUUGUUUGUGAGUAAUUCCGUCUGUCCCAUAUGUGUCAUGUAAAGCAAUUGGUAUUUCAGUAUGGUGCUUUUUAAGCUCCGUGGGAGGAGCCUGUGGCGGCAAUUAAAGAAACGAAGUGUAUCCUGUGAAUUUUCA